AUGAGUCAAGACAAUAAAGAAGAGACAGCUCUCCCUCCCUCUUCCGCAGACGAAAAGAUGAACAAGUUGAGGCAGCUUCCCAAGACGAUUGAAGAAUACUUGGCAAACUCUCGCGCAACAGACCCAGCCAACAUUGAAAAGAACAAUGCUCCAGCACGAGUAUAUUUAGAGGACUCUGUACUUCCUCUUCUCAUUGAAGGACUGAAGGCUUUAAACAGGGAACGGCCGCCGAAUCCGUCAGAAUGGCUGGGCAUGUAUCUCGUCCGCAAUUCAAGAGCUGACUAG